AUGAGGGCGUGGGCGGCGGUGCCGGCCUUGUGGCCGGUGCUGAGGGCUGCAGAUGGGCAGUUGACAUGCGGAAACAAACUCUACAGCUCACGGAGAGUUCUAAAGCAGGCAUGUUUACUACGGCGCCGGUCGCCUGCCUUACCGAGCAUCAUGGAUAAGACCUUCAUGGAGGACUAUGUGCGCGUCCACAACGACCUCCCCACCAAAGCCCGGCCAGCUGCUAGCAACGUGUGGUACACGGAGGGGGCAGGCCUAGGAGCGCAUAGGUGGCUCCAGAGUCCCGCUGGGGCAGAUGGGACAGUGGGUCAGGGGUCUCUUGGUAGUCCCUGGACUUGGGAUGCAGCUUUGGCAAAGAUUGCAAGGGCAUGGGCAAAUAAAUGCAUUUUUGAACAUAGCAUGUCCUUAAUGCAGAAAUGUGCUAAGGUUUGCCGUCAUUGCAUUCAGGUUGUUUGGGACUAUUCAUAUAAAAUACGCUGUGCUGUUAACCUAUGUAAGGAAGUUGCAGGAAUACAAAAUGCAGCAAAUUUUGUUUGCAACUAUUCAGCAGG